AUGGGAGAUUCAUCGAGGCUAUCAAUGUUAUCCGUUAAGAAUCAUCGUGAAGACAAAGAUCGGAAACGUCGAUCUCAUCGGGAUGAGUCAGAUUAUCACUAUGGUUCUAAUUAUCGUUAUCAAGAACCUAGCAACCAUUCCGGAUAUGUAGAUAAAUACGAUGAUAAUAACUAUCGAAAUAGAUAUCCAAAAUCACAUGACGAACACGAAGAAUGCAGUCGGCACCACAAAAAAUCGAAGCACCGUAGUCCCGGUCAUGAAAUUCAUCGUGAGCACAAGCGAUCUCAUCGCGAGAAAAAGUCACGCAAGUCUCGGAAACAUGCCGAGAAUAAUCAUAAAUUUACGUCAAAGCAUGAAGACAAAUCUUUAUUGCUGGCUGAAAAUGAAGAAGAUGAAGAGGAUAUUAUUAGACGAAGACGGUUAGAGCGACAAAAGUUAUUAGAAAAGUUAGAAACAGAAAAUCAAAGUGACAUCACAACCUCCAGAGAUGAAAAAAAUUUGAACUCUCAAGUAGUUCCGGUUGACAGUUUAACAGACAUGGGUGCAUUUGAGGACACAGAAGACUUUGACUUUGAAAGUUUUGUGCAGGCCAAGUUAGAGUGUAUUAAAGCAGCUCCAACCAAUAAUUCAGAUCAGUCAAAUUCACCAAGCGGUCGUUUAUCCGGUGUUCUGGCUCCAGCUGCAAUGGCGCUAUUCCACGACAAACGGAAAGGUGAAUCAGAUGUUGCUAAAGAUAAUUCCAAACAAACUACGUUUGAUAUGUUUGCUGAGGAAUUCGAGGUUGAGCUACAUCAUGCCCCGGGAACUAUGGCAUUGGGUGCUAUGGCUUCAGAAAACCAUGCUCUUACUGACAAUUGGGAUGAUGCAGAAGGUUAUUAUCGUGUUCGCAUUGGUGAGGUUUUGGAUAAACGCUAUGCCGUGUAUGGAUAUACUGGACAUGGAGUGUUUUCCAACGUCGUUAGAGCAAGGGACAGUGCUCGUGGUAAUUUAGAGGUGGCAAUCAAGAUAAUAAGGAACAAUGAUGUAAUGCACAAAUCAGGUCUGAAGGAAUUAGAGGUCCUGAAAAAACUCAAUGAUGCCGAUCCUCAAGAUCGCUUCCAUUGUCUGCGACUUUAUCGUCACUUUUUCCAUAAAAAUCAUUUGUGCAUGGUAUUCGAGUUGAUGAGUCUUAAUCUGCGUGAGGUUCUAAAGAAAUACGGACGUAAUAUUGGGCUGCAUAUUGCCGCCAUACGCUCAUAUACGCAACAGCUUCUGCUGGCUUUGAAGCUGAUGCGCAAGUGUGGUAUUCUACAUGCGGAUAUAAAACCCGAUAAUAUACUUGUGAAUGAGAGCAAGAUCCUGCUUAAGUUGUCUGAUUUUGGAUCAGCAUCUACCAUACAGGAUAAUGAUAUCACCCCUUAUCUUGUUUCACGUUUUUACCGUGCUCCAGAAAUAAUUUUAGGUGUUCCUUAUGACUACAAUGUUGAUUUGUGGUCUACCAGUGUAACUCUAUUUGAACUACAUACUGGACAAAUUAUGUUCCCGGGAAAAACUAACAAUGAGAUGUUGCGUUUGAUGAUGGAGGUAAAAGGACGUAUCCCGGGUCGUGUAAUUCGUCGUGGGAUGUUUCGCACUCAACAUUUUGAUGAACAGUGCAACUUCCUCUAUCAUGAAGUGGACAAAGUAACACAAAAGGAGAAAACGACAGUUGUUCGCAAUUUACAGCCAACAAGAGAUUUGAUGACAGAUCUUAUCGGUCAGUCCAAGUUGAGUGAACCAAUCUUCCGCAAAGUAACGCAGUUUCGAGAUCUUUUAGAAAAGGCUUUGAUGUUGGAUCCUACUCGACGCAUUUCCUUAAACGAAGCUUUGCAGCACCCGUUUAUUACUGAACGUAUGUCUGCUAGCACAGAAUCAACCACACAACCACAUUAA